AUGAAGUUCACCAUCCCCAUCCUCGCUUCCCUCGUGGCAACCAGCACCGCCCUCUUCGACAAGAACCAGCCGUGGGGCAAGCGCGACUACUCCUGCGUUAACGUCUACCAAGGCAUCCCCGAUAACUCAACCGUCUCUCCAGGCCAAACCGUCCACGUCCGCUUCGAUCGCAAGCCCACUGGGCGCUGCCCGGAUCCGUUGAACCAAUACCCCGGCGACGACUACAGUGUCUGGCUGUACAACAAUCCAGUCCGCGUGCCGAACGCUGUGAACUUCGAUCAGUCGAUUAAGAUCGCUACUGGUAUUAAGGAGAAGGCGGGUGCUGUGCAUGUUACUAUCCCUAAGAAUUUGCCUCAGGUUAAGGAUGGCUCUGUUUGGUAUUUGAGACUUGGGACUAGUUUGUCUACUGCUCCUCAGAUGCCCACUUUGUUCAACGCUGCUGGACCGUUUACUAUUACCAAGGCUUAG